GGUUUAAAAAAGGUAUCGGUAAAGUAUCGUCGAAUGUUACAACUACGAUUACCUUUUCUAAAUUUAGUAACAACAGAGCUGUUGCAAGCAAAGCCUGUCUGUAUAGGAAAUAUCCAAACUUUUAAAAUAAAAUGGCAGUGAAAAGGAUUCAAAAGGAGUUAUUGGACCUAGGCAGAGAUCCUCCAUGCAAUUGUUCAGCAGGACCAGUUGGUGAUGACAUAUUCCAGUGGCAAGCCACAAUAUUAGGUCCAGCUGAUAGUCCAUAUCAAGGUGGUGUAUUUUUUUUAACAAUAACAUUUCCUUCGGAUUAUCCAUUUAAACCACCAAAAGUUGCUUUCUCUACCAAAAUCUAUCAUCCAAACAUCAAUAGUAAUGGCAGCAUAUGUUUAGACAUUCUGCGAAGUCAAUGGUCACCUGCGCUGACCAUAUCAAAAGUUCUGUUGUCCAUCUGCUCAUUACUGACAGACCCUAAUCCUGAUGAUCCACUGGUACCAGAAAUAGCCAGAAUGUUUAAAACAAACCGUACAGAAUAUAACAGACUAGCCAAAGAGUGGACAGCCAAGUACGCCGAGUGAUGUCUUGGAGCAGCAGUGUCUGGCCAACACAUGCUGCUCUGUGAACUGCACAUUCUCUCUUUGCUGAACUCUUAUUAAAGUUAGGAUAAAUGGGGGGAGGGCGCAGAUGGAAAAGAAAACACUUGGGUCAUGUUAGGUUGAUAAGAGUGAAGGGAACAAUAAUACAGAAGUGUGAUCAAAUGAAAUCAAUUAAUACUUAAUUAAAAUGUUAGGGUUUAUCACUAUGAGCUCAUUUUUUUCUGUUGUUGAAAUAUGAGUUCCAGAAACAAAAGUGUAAGCUUUAUGUGUCUGUCUAGUAGGAACAUAAAGGAAGGAACAUAGUUAUUCUGAUUUCAGCAUUCUGGGUUAAGAUACUGAAGCAUAUGCAAAAUUUUAUUUUGUAAACAAAGUUAUGUGUCCCAAUGAUGACCUCAUCAUGUUAAUAUAAUAAGUUCUCAUGUUUUUUUGUUUUUUUUUUUGUUUUUUUUUUUAAAUUACGCAAGCUUGAAUUUUAUAAUUGCAUCAUUGAAGUAAACUUUGGUGGGUUCACAUAGUUUUCUAUGAGUGAAAUAGCUUUUUGCAUGUCAAAAAUUAUUUAGAAUUAAUUCACAAAUAAUGUACUAUGGAUGUGGGGUUUCUUUUCUUUUUUUUUUUUUUUAGAUUACAGCUAAAAAAAAAUUAUUUUAUUAUCAAGUAGUUUGCACUUAAAGUAUACAAAGUAUAUCUAAUUUUUGUGUUAAUUAAGGCAACCCAUAGUUUAGUUCAAUUUAUUGAAGUCAUAAAAUGAAUUUUCUAUACAAAUUGUUCAAGGUAUUAGUUAAAAACUAUUCUUGUUGAGAAUAAUUUUUUUUUAUUGAAGCUUUACAAAUGCAAAUUUUAGUCCGAUGUUUUGUGGCAUUUCAAAGUUUAAAUGAAGAAUAAUGAAUCAUAUAACGGUUUGAUGUGAAUUGCUUGAUUUGUUUGGUUCUUAUCAUUUUUUUUUUAAAUUGAAGAUUUCCAAAAGUUUAUUUAGCCAUGAGUAGAUGUUCUAUGAAAUGUUUUAUUAACAUCAGAUAUUGUUUUAUCAUGUAGUCAUUUUAAUCAAUCUUGUGAUAUCUUAUUCCUGUUUUGUUUGACCUGUUUUCUUUCAUUUUUUUUCUUUAUGUGUCAUUGCAUGAAAGAUUAAUUCUUAAUUAAUAGAAUCACACUAUGGUAUGAAUAAUAAUAAAAAUGAGGGACUGCCAAGACAUGUAGAUAAAAUAGAUGUAAUUUCAUCAUCUUCUUAUAUAUUGACUGUUUAAAAAAAAUAACGUUAUUAGCUUAUCAUCAAGUUUCAGUGACAAUCUAACAUAACAUACUACUUGUGACAUUCAUUAUUGAUUUAAUCAGACACUCAUUUAUGAUGGUCUUGAACUUCUGAACAUUUUUUUAAAAUGUGUAUUAAAUGUUUAAAUCAAUUGUUUCAUAAACAAACAAAAACAAAACAAGAAUCACUAUUUCUCUAUAGGCAAAUUUAGAGCCUGCUUUAGUUGUAAGCUGGUGUAUUUUAACAUUUUUCUUUUAAAAUAAUUGUUUUGCUCAGGCAGAUCCCUAGUACAUAUUUGUAAUGUACAUUUUAACACGCUAAAGAAAAUUGUUUUUAAUUUUUCAAAAUGGUAGUACUAGUACUUAUUUCAUUUUGAUUUGAUAUGGUUUACAUAGUGAAAAAAGGAAUACUAUCAUAAACUGCCAUAAGAAUAAUAGAUCAUCAUAAUAAAAUGUUAUUGUUUAAUUAUCACUAUGUUAUAACAACAAGACAGCUAAAAUAUUUUGCCAUAUUUUUAUAUUAUUUUUUUUAAUCAAACACCAUUGACAGCUUCCUCUAUCUUCUAGUGUGUACAGCAUCUAUAGUUUAAAAAGUGAUGGAACUAUCCCAUGUAUUUCUAUUAGACUAAUGUUUUUUCUUUCCUAAGGUCUCUUGAAUUUCUUUUUUUUUUUGUUUGUUUGUGUUGAUACAGAUGUGUGUAUGUGUAAAGAUACUGUAAACACAAUAAAAAUGUAUAUAACAGUUA